UCAAACCCGUCGACCAACCCCCUUUGAGUAAAGGCGUCGUCGUAUCUCCACCACAAACUCUCUCUUUUUUUUUUCUACCUCUCAUUCACCUUCUUCAUCUUUCUGGCGACACUGUCGUUGAUCUCUUCCUUCACGACCACCUCUCAACUCCAUAUCCUUCCGUCUCUUCGAGUGAAACGUCGGUGGCGGUCAGCAACCGUGCUACAGGGAUAUUUCUCUUGUAAGAAAAAUCCCGCACGACCGUUAGCGGCCAGACGCAAACAACCCCUCCCUUGUUUUCAUUUAUCAUCUCCGACUCUUUUUUUAAACACCUGUCUUAUCCUCUUUCCUCUUUAAUUUCUUUCUUCACAUCUAUCCUUCUUCCAUCUACCUAACUCUCACAUCUACAUCCAUCAUGUCCGACCCAGAGAAGGUGGGCGAGGAAAUCCCCACAAAAGAGUCAUCGGUUGAGAACAAAGUCUCCGGUGAUGCACCUGCAAUGGACGAGGCGCCCGAGAAGAAGAAGCGCGAGUACAAAGAGAUGGAGGAGAAACAUACCGGUGAUCAACAUGCCAAAGUUGACAUGAACACUAUCCAAUUGACUGCUUCCGACCUGUAUGACAAAGACAAGGUCGACAUUGAGCACAUCGUCAUGGAGGAGGUCCUUCAACUCCUUCAAUGUGACGAGGGUGGUCUUACCGAGGCUGAGGCUCAAAAUCGUAUCGGCAUUUUCGGACCCAAUAAAUUGGAAGAAAAGAAAGAAAAUGUCUUAUUACAGUUCCUUUCCUUCAUGUGGAACCCCCUUUCCUGGGUCAUGGAGGGUGCCGCCCUCGUCGCCAUCGCUUUGUCAAAUGGUGGAGGUACCCCUCCCGAUUGGCAAGAUUUCGUCGGUAUCGUUCUCCUUCUGUUGAUCAACUCUACCAUCGGUUUCGUCGAAGAACGUAACGCUGGUAAUGCCGUCAAAGCUCUUAUGGACUCUCUUGCCCCCAAGGCCCGUGUCAAGCGUGACGGUGUGUGGCGAGAAGUCGAAUCUUCCGAACUCGUGCCCGGUGAUCUCGUUGCAUUCAAGCACGGUGAUGUCUGUCCCGCCGACUGUCGAUUGACCGAAGCCAUUGAUGUCUCUAUGGACCAAGCAGCUCUUACCGGAGAGUCCCUCCCUUCCGGCAAAAAGCUCGGUGACGAAUGUUUCUCUGGGUCUACUUGUAAACAGGGUGAGGCCGAGGGUAUCGUCAUCUCCACUGGUCCCAACACUUUUUUCGGUCGCGCUGCAACUCUCGUCGGUCAGGACAACGACCAAGUUGGUCACUUGCAGAUGGUUCUCGCCCGUAUUGGUACUUUCUGUCUCGUCUCCAUCGGCCUCUUCGUCUUGCUCGAGAUCCUCAUCUUGUACGCCGACUUCCGAUACUCUUACCGUCGUGGUCUCAACAACAUUCUGGUCCUCUUGAUCGGUGGUAUUCCCAUUGCUAUGCCUACCGUGUUGUCUGUCACCCUUGCCGUCGGUGCGCAACAGCUCGCCAAGCACAAGGCCAUCGUCACCCGUAUCACUGCCAUCGAAGAGCUUGCCGGUGUUACCAUCCUUUGCUCAGACAAGACCGGUACAUUGACCACCAACAAGCUCACCAUUGACAAGGAGAACGUCAAAUGCUAUUCGACCUUUGACGUAGAGGGUGUGUGUCUGCUCGCUGCCUACGCCAGUCGUACCGAAAACCAGGAUGCCAUUGAUGGCUGUGUCGUUGGAACUCUUUCGGAUCCUGCUCUUGCCCGCAAAAACAUGAAGCUCCUCGAUUUCAAGCCUUUCAACCCCGUCGACAAGCGUACCGAAAUCACCUACCUCGACGAGGCUGACGGCAAGCUCAAGCGUGCCACCAAAGGUAUGACUGGUAUCAUCAUCGAACUUUGCACUCGUGACAAGACCAACGAACUUGAAGACAAACUUGAAGCCGAUGUGGAAGAAUUCGCUCGCCGUGGUCUCCGUGCCCUCGCCGUCGCCUAUGAGGACGUUUUGGGCUCGGAGAAGGACUCUCCCGGGUCUGGUUUCGCGCUUGUUGGUCUGCUCUCCAUCUUUGACCCUCCUCGUUCAGACACGAAACAGACUAUCGACGAUGCCAUGGCUCUCGGUGUCAAGGUCAAGAUGGUCACCGGCGAUCAACUUGCCAUUGCCAAGGAAACUGGUCGUCGUCUCGGUUUGGGUGAUCACAUGUACCCUGCUAAAGUGCUCAAGGAUGGACCCGAACCCGGCAGCAAGUUCGCCAACCUGGAUGAGAUGAUUAUGGACGCCGACGGUUUCGCCGGUGUGUUCCCCGAGCACAAAUUCGAAAUUGUCAAGCGUAUCCAAGGUCUCGGUCAUCUUUGUGCCAUGACUGGUGACGGUGCGAACGAUGCUCCCGCUUUGUCUCGUGCCAACGUUGGUAUUGCCGUCGAAGGUGCCACGGACGCUGCCCGUGGUGCUGCCGACAUUGUCCUCACUGAGCCCGGUCUUUCUACCAUCGUUCACGCUAUCUACGGUUCUCGUGUCAUCUUCCAACGUAUGAGGAAUUACGCCGUCUACGCUUGUGCCGUCACCAUCCGUAUCGUUCUCUGCUUCGCCAUCAUGGCCUUUGCUUGGAAAUUCGACUUCCCGUCAUUCAUGAUUCUUAUCAUUGCGGUUCUCAACGACGGUACCAUCAUGACGCUCUCGCUCGACCGAGUGUUGCCUUCGACCACUCCUGACUCUUGGGAUCUCGCCGAGGUGUUCGCCUAUGGUAUUGGAUACGGUAUCUACCUGACCGGUUCGACCCUUGCUCUCUUCGGCGCAAUGCACCACACGACCUUCUUCGAGAGCAAAUUCCACGUCAACCCCGUCGGUAAAGAUGUCAACGAUCCUCAAGCACACAUGGUCAUCUACCUUCAGGUCGCCAUCAUCUCUCAGGCUCUUAUCUUUGUCACCCGUUCUCACGGUUUCUCCUGGACCGAGCGACCUUCCGUUGCCCUCAUGCUCGCCUUCUGCUUGGCCCAGCUUGUCUCUUCUAUUAUCGCCGGAUUCGGUGACUGGGGUUUCACUCAAGUGCACUCUAUCUCUGGUGGUUGGAUUGGUAUCGUCUGGAUUUGGAACAUUGUUUGGUACUUCCCUCUCGAUUUGGUCAAGUUCGCUCUCAAGAGGACGGUCAUCGCUGCGCUUCAACGUCGUAAGGCUCGUCGUGCCGCUCCCCCUAUCGUCGACGAGAAUGGCGAACGUCUUCACCGUACCGCCUCCAGGGUCGAGUCUCUCUACUCGAACCGAACCAACUUCCUUGCUCGUGCUGCCAACCGUCUCAAGGGAAAUGCUCAUGUCCACAUGUCUACGAACGAGUUGCAACGAUUCUCUUCGAUUCAGGCUCAACAGUCUGGUGCGGCUCUUCAGCGCGCUCACUCGAGACCUGCGCAGGCAUAGACGACAUCCAACAUGAUCAUCUUUUACAUUCGCAUCCCCUCAUACCUUUGCAUCCCUUUUGCCCUGAUGGAAUCUUUUUCAGUCCGAGAGUCGUGUGCAUUCCCUUGCCAUAGGGUCAUCUUUGUAGAGAACGUCCUCCCUCUGCGUCCCCUCCUUCUUCACUUCACACUACUUCCUUCAUGGGACCUAUCCCGGUCCCUUGUCAUCCUCGGUACUUGUUAUCCCUAAUCGUCAGUAUCGUAUUGUCACUGAGCAUCGAAUGCAGCGAAUUAGACAUACC